AUGGGCUGCUGCUUUUCCAGCCAGGCUUCCAACGCCGCGUCUCGGCGCGAGCAUGACCAGCAUGAACGAGCGGCCACGCCUCCUCCGCAAAUCCCGCCCGAGCAAUACGACCCGCAACACAUUGGCGUGCUGCCCGACCCCGUCGUCACCACGCCGCCGCCUCUGGCCGCCCCCGUCGCAGUCUCAGGGGCCACCGAGCAGAACAUGCCCGCCAUCGUCGAGGCCAUGACGCCCAACGAGGAGGCCGAUCGCGCGAGCUCGUCCGCGUCCGCGUCGUCGUUGUCGGAGGCAGCGGCUUCGCAGCAUGUCAUUCUCGAGCCGACGGUGUACGUCCCUCCUUCUUCGCGACAGCAGAACGGUGUGUCGCCGGCCGAGAAUGCGCCUGUUGUGGAGGAGGAGGAGGAGCAGGAGGAGGAACAACAAGAACAAGAAGAGGGAGAGGCUGCUGCGUCUCCCGAGGAGCGGGCCAAGGCUUCGUCGAGCUCGACUUCGUCCAGCUCCAGCUCGAGUUCCAAGUCCAGCCAGGAGUAA